CAUGCUACUGUUCUACGCUAUAUACCAAUGGACUCGUUCUUCUCAUUCCACGCAUCCGAAGCCCCUGAGGCACCCACUAGCGAUGACUUUCUUCUUGCACAUAUCCAAAGCACGCCAGACACUCAACCACCCCUAUUAUCAGCCAGCGUUGCCGACCAAAUACAUCCGCUGAUCCGGCAGCGCAAGCUCGAAACACCUGAGGAUAUUGCAGCAUGGAUUGCUGAACGCAAGAGCAAGUAUCCAACAAAAGAUGCCUCUGCGAAAUCGCCCACCAACACAGCCGAACAGUCAAAUAAACGCAAACGUGAAGAGGAAACCAACCCGUUGAACAUGCUAGCUGGCUACGGGUCUGACUCGGACUCGGGUUCGAGUUCAGAUAGCGCGCCCGAACAAACGUCGGCAAAACCAAAUAUCAAAGCCGCGCCGUUCCUGCCAAAGAGCAUGGCGCCGAACGAGGAUAAGCGGAAGCUGCGUGUAUGCAAGUACUUUUUGAAACGGUCGUGCCGUAAAGGCACUAAAUGCCCGUUUGCACACCCAGAGUCGGUCAAGCAAAAGCAAGAGGAGAAGGCGGCUGCGGAGGAACCAGUGGUACAGCGCACAGGCAGCCUGCUGGGUAUGCUGCUAGCAAAAGACAUUGAGCGAGAAAACUAUCGGAUCUGGCAGUGUCUCAAGCACAUCGUCGAGAGCGAGUACUUCCAGGUUCCGGUUAAAUACGAUCUUUUGUUCAAGAAAUGAAGAGCUU